CACACCUUCCUCUAAGUGGGCUAUAAUCAAAACAGACUUAACAGAUUCAAAAUACAUCCAUCCAUGCAAAAUCGCCAGGCGAACAGGCACAGAAAUUCACUCUCAGCCGCGAGUUUUAUGAACAUCCCAUUUCUGGCGAAAUCCCAACAUGUUUAAGAAGGCCUCCACUCUGCUGUAUGAAUCAGUGGCAGGGGCAUCCCAAUAACGAAGAGGCAUUUGGAAUCACCAAAAAUGGAUUCCAAGACCUCUUCUUUUCUCUUAUUCCUUGUUCUUUUCACCGUCUUUUCUUCAACCUCCAUGGCCUUCAAUAUCACAAGGCUCCUUUCAAAUUACCCUGAAUUUAGUACCUUCAAUAGACUCCUCUCACAAACAGGCCUCGCCCAGCAAAUCAACAGCCGCCAAACGAUCACCGUCCUGGCCGUCGCUAACAGAGCCAUCCGUGAUCUCUCAGGCAAACCACUGGAUGUGACGAAGAGAGUGUUAGGCGCUCAUGUGAUUCUUGAUUACUAUGACGAGACAAAGCUGAGCAAGCUUCAGGAAAAGAGCAAUAUCCUUACCACAUUGUACCAGACUACAGGCGUUGCAGUUGAUCAACAAGGUUUCUUGAAUGUCACCAGGACUCCUAAAGGAAUCAUGUUUGGGCCUGCCGCUAAGGGUGCUCCACUCACUGUAUCUCUGAAAGGGGUUGUUGCUUCACAGCCUUAUAAUAUUUCAGUACUCAAAGUAAGUGGUGUUAUUGAGGCUCCAGGAAUUGAGAGCAAGUCUACUCCGCCACCUGAAGGUUCUCAUAAGAAGGCACCACUUCCUGCUCCAACACCGGCUGAAUCUCCUGCACCGGCAGCCGAUGAUGAUGUAGCCACCGGAGCACCAACCGAGGCGCCUACUCCUGCUGCUGAUGGACCAGAAUCGGAUGGGCCGGUCAGCUCGUAUGCACCAGAAUCCGAUGGACCAAUCAGCUCCUAUGCACCAGAAUCUGAUGGACCCGUCAGCUCUCCACCGGAGCCCGACUCACCACUAGCUGAAGGUGAAACACAGGCUGAGGCACCUGAUCAGCAAUCUGGCUCAUCACUUACCAAUAUGAGUGGCGCUGCAGCGGUCACGGGGUUGGCGGCCUGCAUCAUGGUUUUCUAAGCUUACUCAACUUUGAGACGACUGAAAAGGAACGGGAUAAGGAAAAGGGAAAAAAAGAAAAGAAAUGAAAAAUAACUAGUUUUUCUAUUUCAAUUAUAUUAUACGGAUGUCACCCACUCGCUAUAUAUGUAUUAUUAGUAGAAUCGAAGCUGCGAGCCCAGUUCGUGGCAUUCGUUUUUCUUUCGUCUGAAAUGAAUUCUCAUUGAUUUUGCCCAAUUAAUGGGUACGAAAUUCAUCAGUAAAAAGUUUCAGUUUAGGCAUAA